AUGAAGAAUUUUUCAUUUCCUAUGCAGGAUAACACCCAUCAGACCGAUCCUCCUCCUCACAGAUUCCUGAGUUUGACAAAUCAGUCAGAUCCUAUUGGAAGACCAGAAAGAGAUGAGCAAUUAGCUCAAGUAGAGAUUGCUGUUCUGGGGGUCAUAUUUCUGGCAGCAUCUGUGGGCAAUUUCAUUCUCAUACUGGUGCUGUGGCGAAGAAGAAAGAAGCUGUCUAGGAUGUAUGUGUUCAUGCUUCACCUCAGCAUUGCUGACUUAGUGGUAGCCUUUUUCCAAGUGCUGCCUCAACUCAUAUGGGAUAUUACAGAUGUUUUCAUAGGGCCAGAUUUCUUGUGCAGAAUUAUCAAGUAUCUACAACUGCUGGGCAUGUUUGCCUCUACUUACAUGAUAGUGGUCAUGACAGUGGACAGAUAUCAAGCCGUUUGCUACCCUAUGGUCACUUUCCAAAAGAAGAGAGCUCUCUGGAACAUCCCCAUUUGCAGCAGCUGGUCUAUAGCACUGAUUCUUAGCCUACCACAGGUAUUUAUCUUUUCUAAGACUGAAAUAUCUCCAGGUGUCUUUGAAUGUUGGGGUGAAUUUAUUCAGCCUUGGGGCCCAAAGGCAUAUGUGACUUGGAUUUUUGUAGUUAUAUUCUUCAUUCCCUCAGCAAUCCUUAUCACAUGCCAGGUCAAGAUUUGCAAAAUAAUCAGAAGAAAUAUAAAUGUGAAAAAACAGAAUGAAUGUGAAGCAACAAAUCAGAAUCAAGUCCUACCAUCCCGAGCAAGCAGUGUGAACUGUAUUUCAAAGGCUAUGAUCAAGACAGUAAAAAUGACAGUGGUGACAGUUGUUGCGUAUGUUCUCUGUUGGUCACCUUUCUUCAUUGCACAGCUGUGGUCCGUGUGGUUCCCCAGCAUCCUGACCGAAGGUUCAGCAUUCACCAUUAUAAUGCUCCUUGGCAAUCUAAAUAGUUGUGCCAACCCAUGGAUUUACAUGUAUUUCUGUGGCCAGAUUCCAUAUUGCACAAAUAAGCAGCUGGAGAAUACCUCGGCUCAAGAGGAAUCUGUGUUCACGGCGAGCAUUCAUCUCGUAGACAGAGACCCUGAGGAUAACAGUACUUCUGCAUAAAUGCUGAGAGCUUUUUUGUUGUUUUGUUACAUUCCCUUUAUUCACAAGACAUAUUGAUAUUUUACCACCAUCCCCUAUUUUGUGUAUGAGAAAGCGGAAAAUUUGGUUUUUAUUGUAAAAUAUAUAUUUCUCUGCAGUUCUGUAGCAUAUUCAGGAAAUUUCUGUGUUGUGCAAACCUGACUCAGUGCAUCAAUCACCACUGUCUUAUAAGAAUGAAUUCCUGUAAUGACUGACAAAGAUACAUAAAAGUAUCUUAGAUAUUUUGUGUCCUAAAGUACUUCCCCAUCUGUGAUUAUGGAUUUCUAAGUAGUAAAAUUUUAUUACUACCUGGCCCAACAAAUUGAAA